CUUCUGUUAGUGGCGGGCGGUUAGGAGCGCCGAGUGGCGCUGGAGAACCGGCUCUUCCUUUCGCAGCUACCGCCGCCAUCUCCGUGUUUGCGGGGCGGGAAGGAGGGAGGGGACUUGCGGCUGCAGCUGGAGCGGGCUUUUCUCCGGGGACGGUCCUCUCCUUGCUUUCCCUUUCCUCCUCCGCGCGUUGUUGCUGCCUGCCCCCUGCGCCCUCCCUGCGCAGCCCGGGUCCGGGAGGGGAGAGGAAAGGGCGGCGGGGGGCGGGAGAAGCCGCAGGGUGGACGCGCGUUUGGAGGCAACUCCUGCCCGAUCUGUGCAUCCCCACGUCCAGGGUGCUUGCCGGCCCGGCCUCGGCGGCUGCCGCGGCGGCCGCAGGAAGGGGCUUAGAGGAGGCGGGGGCUGCGCUGCGGGGGCGGGACCGGCUGUCCCGGCGCUAAGUUGUGGGGCCCGGCUCCUCCCGAUCGGAUUCUUUUCCCCUCGGCUCCUGGGACCCAGCUCCGCGCCGCCGGCCCGUGAGCCACCGAACCCCUACUUCCUGGGUGAGGAGGACACGCCUGCCCUUGUGGAGAAAACUUUUCCUGCGGACUUGGUCGAGGCGGUGGUGGCAGGAAGUCCGGGCAGCGACCUCUCUCCUCCGCCUGCCGCGCUCGUCCUGCCGGGUACCCGCGCUAAGCUCGAGAUCAAGUUUUCGGGGCCCCUUCCGGGCUGCAGGCGGGUCUCGCCUUAAGAGGGGCGCCCGGCCCCAGGGAGGACAGCGGGCCAGGGCGAAGGCCGAGGGCGCGUGGUGGUUUCGGAGACAAGGUGCGGUGCGCGGCCGGGACCUUCACCCGCAGCGUUAAGCGCGGAGAACACGAGCUUGGGAGCGGAGAGCCUCUGGCGGCCGCUUCCAGGAGUCCACAGUCUGCCUCCUCCGGGUGAAGACAGUGUCCUGGACCCAAGUCUAUUGAGGAAAAAAUGAAGUUAAGCCGUCAGUUCACCGUAUUCGGCAGUGCGAUCUUCUGUGUUGUGAUCUUCUCGCUCUACCUGAUGCUAGAUCGGGGUCACUUAGACUACCCCAAAAGCCCGCGCCGAGAGGGCUCCUUUCCUCAGGGCCAGCUCUCAAUGUUGCAAGAAAAAAUAGACCAUUUGGAGCGUUUGCUAGCUGAGAAUAAUGAGAUCAUCUCAAAUAUUAGAGAUUCGGUCAUCAAUUUGAGUGAGUCUGUGGAGGAUGGGUCGAAAAGUUCACAAGGCAAUUUCAGCCGAGGUGCUGGGUCACCUCUUCUGUCAUCGAAACAAUUGUCCCUCACAAUCGACCCUGAAGAUUGUCAGUUUGCUUCACACAGCGGAAGUCAGAAUUCACAUGUGCAGAUGUUGGAUGUUUACAAUCUAAUUCCUUUUGACAAUCCAGAUGGUGGAGUUUGGAAGCAAGGAUUUGACAUUACCUAUAAAUUUAAUGAAUGGGACACUAAGCCCCUUCAAGUCUUUGUGGUACCUCAUUCCCAUAAUGACCCAGGUUGGUUGAAGACUUUCGAUGAGUACUUUAGAGAGAAGACUCAGUAUAUUUUUAAUAACAUGGUCAUCAAGCUGAAAGAAGACCCGCGGAGGAAAUUUAUGUGGUCUGAGAUCUCAUACCUUUCCAAGUGGUGGGAUACUAUAGAUACACAGAAGAAGGAUGCUGUUAAAAGUUUACUAGAAAAUGGGCAGUUUGAAGUUGUGACAGGUGGCUGGGUUAUGCCUGAUGAAGCUGCUGCACAUUACUUUGCCUUAAUUGACCAACUAAUUGAAGGCCAUCAGUGGCUGGAAAAACAUCUCGGAGUGAAACCUCGGUCUGGUUGGGCUAUUGAUCCUUUUGGACAUUCACCAACAAUGGCUUAUCUUCUGAAUCGUGCUGGAUUUUCUCACAUGCUUAUCCAGAGGGUUCAUUAUUCAGUUAAGAAACAUUUUGCAUCACAUAAAACACUGGAGUUUUUUUGGAGACAGAAUUGGGAUCUGGGAUCUGUCACAGAUAUUUUUUGCCACAUGAUGCCCUUCUACAGCUAUGACAUUCCUCACACUUGUGGACCUGAUCCUAAAAUAUGCUGCCAGUUUGAUUUUAAACGACUUCCUGGAGGCAGAUUUGGUUGUCCCUGGGGAGUCCCCCCAGAAACAAUAUACCCUGGAAAUGUCCAAAACAGGGCUGAGAUGCUUCUAGAUCAGUACCGAAAGAAGUCAAAGCUUUUCCGUACCACAGUUCUCCUGGCCCCACUAGGAGAUGAUUUCCGCUACUCUGAACGCACGGAAUGGGACCAUCAGUUUAAGAAUUAUCAGCUGCUUUUUGAUUAUAUGAAUUCUCAACCUCAGUAUAAUGUUAAGAUACAGUUUGGGACUUUAUCAGAUUAUUUUGAUGCCUUGGAUAAAGAAGAUGCAUCCAGUAGAAAGAAUAGCCAAUCAAUGUUCCCUGUUCUAAGUGGAGAUUUUUUCACUUAUGCUGACCGAGACGAUCAUUAUUGGAGUGGCUACUUUACAUCCAGACCCUUUUACAAACGAAUGGAUAGGAUAUUGGAGUCCCAUUUAAGGGCUGCUGAAAUUCUUUACUAUUUCGCCCUGACACAAGCUCAGAAAUACAAGAUAAGUUCAUUUCUUUCAUCAUCCUUUUACACGUUGCUGACAGAAGCCAGAAGGAAUUUGGGACUGUUUCAACAUCAUGAUGCUAUCACAGGAACUGCAAAAGAUUGGGUGGUUGUGGAUUAUGGUACCAGACUCUUUCAUUCAUUAAUGAAUUUGAAGAAGAUAAUUGGACAUUCUGCACUUCUUCUUAUUUUGAAGGACAAGCACUCGUAUGAAUCUUACUCUUUUGAUACCGUCCUCGAAAUGGAUUUGCAACAAAAAUCACAAAGUUCUCUACCAUACACAAAAAUAAUAAAGCUGAGUGCAGAGCCAAGGUAUAUUGUGGUCUACAAUCCUUUAGAACAAGAACGAAACUCACUGGUCUCAGUCUGUGUGAGUUCCUCCAAAGUACAAGUGUCCUCCGCUUCCGGAAAGCCUGUGGAAAUUCAAAUGAGUGCGGUUUGGGAUACAGCAAGUACUGUUUCACAGACGGCCUAUGAGAUCUCUUUUCUAGCACAGAUGCCACCAUUAGGACUGAAAGUGUAUGUGAUUUCAGAAUCAACAACUUCAAAUCCACAUUUAGCUGAAUAUGUCCUAUAUAAUGGUAACAUAGAAAAUAACGGAAUUUUCAACGUGAAGAAUAUAAAAAGCACUGAAGAAGAUAUAACUCUAGAGAACUCCUUUAUUAAGCUUCAGUUUGGUCAGUCUGGGCUUUUGGAGGAAAUAAUAAAUAAAGAAGAUGGUAAACGUCAUGAAGUAAAAGUACAAUUUUCAUGGUAUGGGACCACAAGUAAAAAGGACAAAAGUGGUGCCUAUCUCUUCUUACCUGAUGGGGAAUCCAAGCCCUAUGUUUACACAACAUUGCCCCUUGUCAGAGUGCAACGUGGAAAGUUUUAUUCGGAUGUGACUUGCUAUUUUGAACAUGUUACGCAUAGAGUCCGGCUGUACAACGUACACGGAGUUGAAGGACAGUCUGUGGAAGUGUCUAAUAUUGUGGACAUCCGAAAAGAACAUAACCGCGAGAUUGCAAUGAGAAUUUCUUCUAACAUAAACAGCAAAAACAGAUUUUAUACGGAUCUAAAUGGAUACCAGAUUCAGCCUAGAAUGACAAUGAGCAAAUUGCCUCUUCAAGCAAAUGUCUAUCCGAUGACCACAAUGGCAUAUGUCCAGGAUGCUGAGCACCGCUUGACACUGCUCUCUGCUCAGUCUUUAGGUGUAUCAAGUUUGAAAAGUGGUCAGAUUGAAGUUAUCAUGGAUCGAAGACUCAUGCAAGAUGAUAAUCGUGGCCUUGAGCAAGGUGUCCAUGAUAACAAGAUUACAGCUAAUUUAUUUCGAAUACUACUAGAAAAAAGAACUGUCAUGAAUAUGGAAGAAGAAAAGAAGUCGGUCAGUUAUCCUUCCCUCCUUAGCCACAUAACUUCUUCUUUCCUGAAUCACCCUGUCUUUCCAAUGAUAGAAAAGAACCCCGUACCCACCCUUCAGCUGCUGGGUGAAUUCUCUCCGUUACUGUCAUCUUUGCCUUGUGACAUUCAUCUGAUUAACCUGAGGACAAUACAGGCAAAGGUGGAUGGCAAGCAAUCGGAUGAGGCGGCCUUGAUCCUCCACAGGAAGGGGUUUGAUUGCCGCUUCUCCAGCAGAGACGCGGGGCUGCUUUGCUCCACCACCCAGGGAAAGAUACUGGUUCAGAAACUUUUUAGCAAGUUUACUGUUGCAAGUCUCAUACGGUCAUCAUUAUCCUUGAUGCAUUCACCUCCAGACGCUCGAAAUAUAAGUGAGAUCAACAUGAGUGCCAUGGAAAUCAGCACAUUCCGAAUCCAGCUGAGGUGAACCUGGCUUUCAGAUUUGGAUUGGGAAGUAUUGGCUUUUACAUACUUCUUAAUUUGACGUGCAAUAAAGAAGCACAUUAUUUUAGCUUCUGGCUACUGUGAGAACAUAAAUUCUGUUAAUUUUUUAUUUUUUUGAACCAGUAUAGUAAGAAAGAAAAAGCCAUGCUAUCAACCAGUUUUGUUUUGUUUUAAGUUCCUUCCAUCAGCUACCACCAUCGGUAUGAAUUGAUGCAACAAGCAAAGAAAUGUCUAAAGACAGCCUCUCAACAGAUUGUAUCUCAGGUUAAAUGCUAACUAAUUAUAUCUGUGUUGGGAGUUGUGAAGAGAUUGUUGUGAGUAUUCAUGUGGCUAGUUCCUUGUUAAUUUUACAAAAUGUCCAUUUUUUUAUCAAAAUGGAAUAAGCUGGUAGGUAAUAGCUAAUGGCCAAAAUGGUUGCAAUCAUUCAUACACGUUAGAAAAUUUGUGUGUGUUGAAAUAUGUGGAAAAGUGCAAUCCAUCAACCCUUAUGAUAUACAUAGUUGAUUUUCACACCUUUUCUAAUGUACCAUUUGACCCCUCCCUUCCCACCCUUUGUAAGUAUUUCCAGAAAUAACAGAUUUUGAAUCAUUCAGUAGUAGAACAAGAGGCAUAUUUUCAUUACUUGACAAUGUGGGAUAGGUGCAAUUUAUUCCAUUGUCACUAAAAUACAAGAAGCAAUUCCAUAGGUACCAUAACCUAUUUUAGGUACCACAAGGUGUCUUUUUACACAGCUCAUUUGAAUACAGAUGUUCAGAGAAGGGGUUUUCUAUUUUAAAAAAUACCAUAUCAAAAUAAAUGUGCCUUAUUUUUUUAUAAGUCUUGUUAAAUCUUUUGGUGUCCAUAUUACUGUUUGGGGAAGGGGGGAAAUGAGGGUAGGAAGAGGGCGUGGGUACUUUCUAUGACACAUAAAUUGUAAAAAUGUUGCCUGACAUGCUGGCUACCUUCUGAUCUGUUUUGUUAAAUUUGUGGUGAUAUCACUCUAAACAUUUUGACUAUUUGAAUGUACUGAGAUCUCAGAAAACAAAACAAGGAAGAAAAAUAUUGUUAAUUAAAAUAUGCUGCUGCCAAGGAGACUGCAACUUGAAGCAAGGAUUUCAUAACAAAAAUCCACAUACUGUUUCCAUUUCAGAGGAAUUAACCAUAUUGAAGAGAGAACGCUUUAAAAUAGACCCUUUUUUGAAACCCACUUAUAUGUAGCUCCCCGUGAUUUAUCUUAUUAAAGAAUAUGUUCAGUGAAUUCCAAACUUUUGUAUGUGUGUGCUAACCUCAAGGUGAAGUUCAGAGCCCAUGUGCCAUUACAGUACAUUUGGUAAAAUUUAUUUGGGAUCAUUGUUAACUUUGACAUUACAAUAAAAACCACAUUAGCAACAUUUAGAACAUUCAGUUUGGACAUAGAAAGGAUUCUUUGAAUAUGUA